UUUUCAGUUCGACAUGAAGAGUAAGGCUCUCUAGAUGAUAUAAAGCAAUCUUCUUUAGCUCUUCUGACUCUGAAUACUCAUCUAUCUUCCUUUUGACAACUGUAUGGACAAUAUCAGGAAUCAUAUCGUAUCAUUUAUUGAAAUUUUGGGUAAAAAUAACCAUCAAAUUCUGGUUCUGAUAAGUCAUGAGGGCCAUAUCAAUAUCCAAAAACACACUCUAGAGUCCCAAUAAGUUGGUCAUGUAAGGAAUCUCCUCUUGUGUCCAGCACGAAAUCUUGGAGGUAGCCUUUGGUAUCAAAGGUGUUAAAAUUCAGCAUAAUUUGUUACUAAAUCCAACCUUUUC